AUGAAGGUUGCGCUAAUGGUGGCCGAGAAGCCAUCGCUAGCAGCAUCGCUAGCGAGCAUUCUAAGCAACGGGAAGUGCUCGGUGCGAAAAGGUUCUAACGGUGCCUGCUCAGUACAUGAGUGGGUAGGCCAGUUCCGUGGUGAAACAAUCCGAUUCAAAAUGACGUCCGUGUGUGGCCACAUCAUGGGGUUGGACUUUGUCGGCAAAUACAACUCGUGGGACCGUGUCGAUCCGACUGAACUGUUCACCUGUCCGACGGAAAAGAAUGAAUCCACACCCAAACUACGCAUGCCAUACUUUCUGUCCCAGGAAGCACGCGGUUGCGACUACCUCAUCCUGUGGCUCGAUUGCGACAAGGAGGGUGAAAACAUAUGCUAUGAAGUGAUGGCAGCCGUAUCCGACUCGAUACACAAUGUCCAUUCGAACCGGGUGACGUAUCGCGCCAAAUUCUCUGCCAUUACCGAAAAGGACAUUAAGUACGCGAUGGACAAUUUGAUCCAUCCGAACGAGAAUGAAGCGAAAUCGGUCGACGCACGACAGGAACUUGAUCUGCGCAUCGGUUGUGCGUUUACCCGAUUUCAGACCAAGUUCUUCCAGGGCAAGUACGCGGAUCUGGACGCAUCGCUCAUAUCGUACGGCCCUUGUCAAACGCCAACGCUGGGAUUUUGCGUACAGCGGCACGACGAAAUCCAGACGUUUAAGCCAGAAACAUUCUGGUACGUGCAGGUUUCCGUUGGCGAAAGUCCAGAAAUCAAGCUGGAAUGGCAUCGUGUCCGGGUGUUCGAAAAAGAGAUAGCGUGCAUAUAUCUGAACAAGGUUAAAGAUCAUAAGGAGGCCACCGUUGAAGCAGUAAGUUCGAAGGAACAGGUACGCGGACGUCCUCAAGCGUUAAACACCGUCGAACUGAUGCGUGCAGCCAGUGCAGGCCUGGGCAUUGGCCCUCACACGGCGAUGCAAAUUGCCGAAAAAUUGUACACCCGUGGAUACAUCAGUUACCCACGAACAGAAACCACUCAGUAUCCUACAAACUUUGACCUUAAUGGAGUCGUACGACUGUUACAACCUUCAUCGGAGUUUGGUGAGGAAGCGAAAGCGAUCGCCCGCGAUAUGACCCAUCCACGCAAGGGUAACGAUGCCGGUGACCAUCCCCCCAUAACGCCAAUGAAGCUGGCCUCCCGCAACGAACUGGACGGUGAUAGCUGGCGGGUGUACGAUUACAUCUGUCGUCACUUUCUCGGUACCAUUUCGCGCGAUCUCAAGUAUCGCACACACACUACCAAGUUCCGGAUCGGUGGGGAACUGUUUACGGCCACCACGAGCGCACUGAUCGAUCCCGGCUUUACCAAGGUAAUGACAUGGCAAGCAUUUGGGAAAAACGAGCUGGUACAUCAGUUUGCGGUAAACGAUAAGGUGAAGAUAAGCGACGUACGGUUAGUGGAAAGCCAAACCGGUCCGCCAGACUAUCUGACCGAGUCGGAGCUGAUUUCGCUGAUGGAAAAGCAUGGUAUCGGGACGGAUGCUUCGAUUCCGGUGCAUAUAAAUAACAUCUGUCAGCGUAACUAUGUGGCGAUUGGAAACGGUCGUACCCUAACACCGACUAACCUUGGCAUUGUGCUUGUGCACGGAUACCAAAAGAUCGAUCCGGAGCUGGUUCUUCCAACGAUGCGAUCCGCCGUUGAACAGCAGCUGAAUCUCAUCGCCCACGGGUCCGCCGACUUCCGCUCAGUAUUGAAGCAUGCCGUCGAAAUUUUUCGCCUCAAAUUUCUAUACUUUGUGCAAAACAUCAGCAACAUGGACAUACUGUUUGAAUCCACCUUUUCGUCGCUCAGUUCGUCGGGUAAAUCGUUGUCGCGGUGUGGCAAAUGUCGACGAUACAUGAAGUACAUCCAAUCGAAACCCGCUCGACUUCACUGUCCAACGUGCGAUGAAACGUACACGCUCCCAGUGAAGGGUUCGAUUCGUGUGUACCGCGAGCUUAAAUGUCCGCUCGAUGAUUUCGAGCUCGUCGCCUGGACGAACGGUGCGAUGGGCAAAGCGUUCCCGCUCUGCCCUUACUGCUACAAUCAUCCGCCGUUCAGGGACAUGGUAAAGAACUCCGGUUGCAACAACUGUCCGCAUCCAACGUGCGCCCAUUCCCUCUCACUGCUGGGCGUUUCGAGCUGCAUGGAAUGUGAACGGGGCGUACUGGUGCUAGACUGUACGAUGACUCCGAAAACGUGGCGCUUGGUGUGUAACGGUCUGUGCGAUGUCAUCGUCAAUUGCUUCGCGGAUGCGGUGAAAGUGACUGUAGAAGCCGAAUCUUGCGAGGAGUGUGGCGCCCAGCAGGUGACGGCCGUAUAUAAACAGGAAAAGUCUCCGUUCAAGGACGAGGUAACGGAGAAAAAGGGAUGCAUUUUUUGCUUUGCCGACUUCAUGCCACUGGUUGAGAAGCAUAAGGCGGUCGAAAUGCGUCGAAAUCAUGCCGGUGGCCGUGGUGGACGGGGUCGAGGUUUCCGCGGCAGAGGUGGCAAAGGUGGGCGUGGACGCAACAAAGCACCGAAGGAUAAGAUGACACAGCUGGCAAACUAUUUUGUGUAG